GCUCUCCCACAUUGGUGCUAAGCGCGCUAGGGUUUUAGUUCUUCGUGGAGCGUUGGGGCGUAGCGGCGAUGGCGAUGCCGCGCGUGGUGACAUGAGAGCUGCAUCGGUGAUUCCGGCUGUAUUCUAAGGCUGGAUUGAUGGACACGGAUACGUGCAGUGGAGGGACGAGUCCUAGCUUCGCAUUUGCCUUCAAUGACAGUAAUUUCUCGGAUCGGGUCCUCCACAUUGAGAUUGUCGCGGGGGCGUCUGGAGAGGCGAAGUCCUCCGGAGAGCCUUGCUCCACAGUCGGUGCUUGGGCACGGCAGAAGAAGCGUAGGCGUGGAGCCGAUGCCAAGGAUAAAGCAUUCGAGAAUGUUUGCGUGAUGGUGGGUCUUGGUGGUGGUCAAGAGGAGCAAAUUAUGACCGGAACCCAACCAGAGCCAGACGACGCGGAAGAGGAAGGGGACGUCAUGAUCGAGGAGUCUCCUACGUCAAUGGCUGGAAGUCCACCAGCGGAAGACCAGGAUCAGAUGCAAAGCACCUCUUCCUGGAAUUCAGAGAGUUCAACUGUGUUGCGGGUCAAAACGAUUCAUAUCAGCUCGGCAAUUCUCGCUGCUAAGAGUCGUUUUUUCUACAAACUCUUUUCCAAUGGUAUGCGUGAGUCGGAGCAAAAGGCAGUUACUUUGCGCAUUACCGAUUCAGAAGAGGUGCCAGUAAUGGACAUGUUGCAAUUUAUGUACACUGGCGGCUUGCAGGCAAACACAGCUCCGGCAUUGCUCGACGUUUUGGUUGCGGCCGAUAAGUUUGAAGUCGCAACGUGCAUGCGGCACUGUAGCAGAUUACUACGAGAGUUGCAAAUGACUCCCGAAUCGGCACUCGUGUACCUCGACUUGCCGUCAUCCGUGCUUCUGCCUGAUGCGGUUCAGUCACUCACAGACGCUGCGAAAGCAUUCCUGGCAGAUCGGUACAAAGACAUUGGAAGGUUCCAUGAGGACGUUAUGCAUUUACCGCUGGCCGGUUUGGAGGCCGUGCUAUCCAGUGAUGACCUCCAGGUUGCGUCCGAGGAUGCAGUCUACGACUUUGUGCUAAAGUGGGCGAGAGCACACUACGCCAAGAUAGAGGAAAGACGGGAGAUCUUCCGGAGCAAACUCGUGUGGCUCAUUCGCUUCCCAAUGAUGUCCAGCCGGAAGCUCCGAAAGGUUUUGGUUUGCAACGACAUCGAGCACGACCUGGCGUCGAAGCUGGUGAUGGAGGCGCUGUCUUUCAAGGCCGAGCCGCCUCACCGCCAGAAGCACAUCAUGGUGGAGGAGAUCGUGCACAAGCGUUUCAGCGAGCGGGCUUACAAGUACAGGCCAGUCAAGGUGGUGGAGUUCGACGCACCGUAUCAGCAGUGCCUGGUUUUUCUGGACCUCCGCAAGGAAGAGUGCCUGACGCUGUGGCCACAGGGACGAGUCUACUCUCAGGCAUUUCAUCUCGGGGGCCAGUGCUUCUUCCUCUCGGCACACUGCAGCGUGGAUCAGCAAACCGCGGCUCACUGCUUUGGAUUGUUCCUGGGGAUGCAAGAGAAAGGCUCGGUGAGCUUUGCGGUGGAGUACGAGUUCGCGGCACGGUCCAAGCAGGAGGAGUGGAAGUUUGCUCCCAGAGUGAAGGGGAACUACGUCUUCACCGGAGGAAAGGCUGUAGGAUACAGGAACCUCUUCUCGUGCCCGUGGCAAGAGCUCAUGAAGGACGACAGCGAUUACUUCCAUCAAAACGUCCUCCACUUGAGAGCCGAGCUCACCAUCAAGCCUCAGGGACAAGGUAUGUAGCGAGUGAUUGAUUGAUUGAUAGAGCUACAAACCAUAGAGAAAAAUUUUCGCUCUUCUUUUUCCUUCUUGACAGGAAAGAUCGAUACUAUAGCUACGAAGAGCUUGACUUGAGAGGAGAAACUCUUCUGUGAAGUGUCUGUUAUAAAGAUAAAAGGCAAAACAAUGAAAGGAAACUUUAA